UCGUGAUCUGUAUUCUCUUCCAUCAAAACAUCACAAAGAGGCUUCUUGUUUCUGCAUGUUGUUGAUUCAGGGCGCCCUGUAGAAAGACUUGAAGCACCACAACCUGUAAAAGGACAGGGUUUAUCUGCAAAGCCCCCUGCAUUUACGCAGCCCUAAGCCUGAUGAGGCAAGCGGUACACCGAUACCUUAACCUCAAGCGAGAUUGGCGGUGGGUCCCUGACCAAUUCACACGCUUCCUGGCUGACUUCCAAAUCCACACAUCCACCUUCAAUUCUCCGUCUCUCUCUUCGUUCUCUUCCUUUUGUUCUCUUGGGGCGUGCCACUUGUACAGACACAACGAGUAACAGGUGACCUCGACCGUCUUCACACCCUCACCCUCAGAAAUAGACUUUGUUUCGUUCCGCUCGUUUGCACCCCAUCUCGGCCUCCGCGCUGCGACUGCAUCUUGGGCCUUCUGUUCCUGCAACCUGCAGCGAUCAUCGGGUCAGUCGGCUGUCCAACCACCACCACCAUCUUGACUGCCAUCCCUUCCUGCCAAUUGUCUCUGGCCGACUCCUGCAGCCACCACACCUUGACCGGCAAGAGCGAACCGCUGGUCGCUGUCGCGCUGGUGCUGGCCACCGACCUCCUCACUGGUUGCCGCUCGUUCACUCGCAUAUAUGCGGGACCAGGCCCAGCUGCCUUCCAUAACAAAAACAGCUCGUCCAGUCUCCUCUCUAUCGUCAACCCGACCUUGGGCUAUUCGCCGUUCGCCAUUCGCCAUUCACCAGCUCAACGCCACGGACAGUUUUUUGUUAGGGACUUAACACACGCAAUAUUACUCAAUUGAGCAACAAAUUAGGCCGGUAAUACUCCGUACGCCCACGUCAAACAAGGUUCGCCGCUCCGACUCGCUGGCACCACACACCUCAAGACUAUGAGCCAUGAUAGCAUCCCAAGACAACCAUGACAACUUCGCAAAGGUGACACCACAACCCGGAAACUGCUGCGACAUCACCAGUGACGCGUCUGCCGAAAGGCCAACUGGGCACCACAGAGGGGGAGAGGAGGAGAUCACAAUGAGCGGACAGCCAGCCCGGAGAAGGCGAGGGCAUUCGUUAGCAAGCACCAAGACCGUGCUUCUUUCUUUAUUAUCAGCAUCACCAACUGCCAUGGCCGCCUGCAUUUCACUGCAAGGAUCUAAAGCUUGUCCGGCCUGGCAGUCAGCUUCCAUUACAACUUCCAAUGGUCGUCUGAACGGUAUCUUUCGUUUCUUAUCAUUCGUUUCUAGCACCGAGACUUUCGAUCAACGCUUAUUGACUUUUGUGCAAUCGGACUAUGUCCAAGAAAAAUAUCAAACCCUGCUCGGUUGCGGAGAUUUUGAUCUCACCAACACCACCGAGCUCUACGCGCGUUUCACAACUACUGUAAUAUGUAAUACUAUCGUGCAAGAAUCGAUAGCAGAUUGCAGUCUCGCCCCCGAAGACUCUCGACCUGUGUGCGCGGAAACAUGCUCACAAUUUGCCGAGGCCGAGACGUACGUUGUCAGUGACAACAAGCUCUGUCCCAACCCCGGUAGGAACGCAAAGGAGCAGAUCAGAGCCGACUUUACGGACUGCUCAUCGCCUGACAAUGCGCUUUCCGGACGCUCCUGUAUCCAGGGUAUCGCCAACGAGCCCGAGAACUGCGGGUAUGGUAGUAGCACCAUUGGUCUGUGUUGGUACUGCGCUAAGGGCGGCAUCAACUCGACCGAUAGUUGCUGCUACAACUCGAAUGCCGAGUCGAGGUGUGCUGGUGUCGUUUUGCCCUCGAUCACACCUACCUUUGUACUUCCCACAAACACAGCACUGCCGCCCUCGAACGAGCAAAACGACGCUGACAAAACCGGGCUAGGAGGGGGACCCAUUGCUGGAAUUGUGAUUGGAUCGAUUGGCGGUGCUGCCCUGUUGGCAUUGGGCAUCUUCCUCUGUUGGCGGCGGCGUAGGCAGAGGCAGGGAAGUCAGAGCGGAAGCGUCUUCAAUCAACCAUCGCCUGCUAGGAAAGGGCCGGCCGUUCCUCAAAUGGCUCAGCCAGGAACACCAGGACAGCCAGGUGUGCCACCGGGCUUUGAGGCUCUACCGGGCGGUAGAAUAGCCCGGAUGUCGGCACUCGAGGGACACUCGGCCGAUGCACCAUCACACCACGUUGGCCGAGAUAUCGCCACAGCCACGUCUGCCGGCUACAGUAGGAGGAGCGACAGAAGAAGAGGCGACGAUCAUUCCUCCUCUGACGGGUUUGGGUCCAGCCCAGAAUCAGACCGCGGCACGGGGAUUGGAGUUCUCAGACCUCCGCCAACUGCUCUCAGGAGGAAUGGUUCGCUCUCUAGCAGCUCGGUGCUGAAUAGUGAUGAGCCGCACUCCCCAACUAGUGGUGGGAUGUCCUCUCCCCAAGGUAUGGCCAGCCAGCAGUCCGAGCAGCUGCCAUUCUUCAGAGACUACUAUUCGCAAGACGAAAUUCACCCUGGCGAUAGGGUGGCUGUGCUGUGGGCAUAUCAACCGCGUGCCCCUGACGAGUUCACUUUGGACCGCGGGCAUAUGCUCAAGGUUGUGGGUAUUUGGGACGAUGGGUGGGCGACGGGUAUUCUGUUGGAUGAGAGAGCGGAGGAGUGGGAGGCUCGCAGGAAUGCUCAGCGAGACAGCGGGGUCUCGAACACAUCUGGCAGAGUGGCAUCGACUUCUCCACCAGCGAACGGUGAAAUCAAGGCGUUCCCCCUCGUGUGUGUCUGCCUGCCAGAGCAUUGGAGACGGACGAUCGAGGGCGAUGGGUCUACCGAGACGGGAUCUAGCAGCCACCCGCUGACGACAACAACUGGGUCCUGA